AUGAAUGUUUCGAGGUCCUUAUUACGCCAAGUGCACCGGAAUCCCCCCAUUAAAAGUUUGUCGAAAGAUCCUUGGAGUUCCCCAACUUUCAAAUGCCCAGCAUGCAGGCAAAUAUCUAGAAGCUCUCGACGGUUCAGACAAGCGCCUGGCGACGACCCGAAUUUUAUGUCCAUUGUGGACAAUCCACCCACCUUAGUACGAGCAGGAAAGAGACACGGGCCUGGUCUGAUCAUUCUAGCUCUCAUCCCAAUCACAGCUUUCGCCCUCGGGACAUGGCAAGUGCAACGCCUGGACUGGAAGUCCAAAUUAAUGGCCAAAUUCGAAGACCGGCUCGUCCGAGAUCCUCUCCCAUUACCUCCGCAUAUCGACCCUAACGCAAUCAACGAAUUCGAUUACAGGAGGAUCUAUGCUACAGGACAUUUCAGACAUGACCAAGAGAUGCUUAUAGGGCCCCGAUUGCAGGAUGGUCAUGAUGGAUACUUGGUCAUUACGCCACUAGAAAGAGAGGGGGAGGGAACAACCGUGCUUGUAAAUAGAGGGUGGAUUGACAAGAAGCACAAGAAGCAGAAGGAUAGACCUGAUGGAGUGCCGCAGGGGGAAGUUACGGUCGAGGGGCUGCUGCGGGAGGAGUGGAAGAAGAACAUGUUCACCCCGAAUAACAGUCCGAACACACACGAGUUUUAUUUUCCGGAUGUUAAGCAAAUGGCCCAGUUGACAGGAAGCCAGGCCGUGUGGGUUGAGGAAACGAUGGAACCGGACCUUCUUAAGGCGUGGGAUAGAGAGGCUAGGGGAAUUCCAAUUGGGAGGCCGGCAGAGGUCAAUCUGAGGAAUAACCAUGCUCAAUAUAUCUUUACGUGGUACGCCCUCGCUGCAGCUACGUCCGUAAUGCUUUAUAUGGUUGUCAAGAAACCUUCUGCUGAUAUAGCUCGCCGAGUACGCCAAAACAAAGAUUGGUCAUAA